AUGCUACUUGGUGCAUUAGUAUUCUGGAGCAUUCUACAGCAAGGAAGAAAGCAACAAAGCGAAGAACAACCAGUGUUCCAGAAUACCAAACUCGGAUGGCUGCUGGGCGGAAAACAUACGCCUAUAAGAACAACAGAUACUAAAAUCUGCGUAAUAUCGAACGAGAAUCUGGAUGAGCAAUUAGAGAAAUUCUGGGCAAUAGAACGAUGUGAGCUCGAACGAAAGUUGACUCCGGAGGAACAAGCAUGCGAGGAAUAUUUUGCAGCAACCACUUACCGAGACGAAGAAGGAAGAUUUGUGAUACCUUUACCAUUCAAAGAAGAAGCUCAAAGCAGAGAGAGCAUCCGAGAACAAAGCGGUAAGAAGGCUCCAAACAAUCGAACCGAUAUUUGGAGUUCAUGCAAGAAGGACAUGGUGCACAUGGAGCUAAUACCGGAAAACAAUGAAGAGCCAGCUGUUGUAAACUACUUGCCACAUCAUGGAGUCACAAGGGAGGAGAGCUCGACGACCAAAUUUAGAGUGGUGUUCGACGCCUCCUACUAA